CGCAGCUCAAGUAGAUCCUGCAGCUUUUCGACCAUUUACAGUAUUCCACAGAGCAAUGCAUUCCGCAGGUAACAGUAGAAACAACCAAGAUGGCGAUACUAGUCAUGAUUUCACCAGUCAUAUGUCAAAACAACGGCCUGCACUACAGGGUACGUUUUGCAAGCUUUUUUUUGACAAACCAUAAUUUAGAAAUUUUAUCAAUUUACCCGUGUAAGAAUAUAAUAUGUUGUUAUAAGAUAUAAUAUUUCAAUGACUACAGUUGGGCACCGUCUUGGGACGGUUAGUUGCCAAACAAACGCAGUGCCGUAAAUAGCCCUGAAAAAAAGACAACAAGGCAGAAUUCUUUCGGGAAAGAGUGUUAAAAUAGUUACAUAUUUGCAUUAUCAUGUGUUUUGAAUCAUUGUUUUGUAGUUGAUUUUAUUUUCUUAUGCUACCCAUUCAAAUCGUAUACAUGUAUUGCAUAUGUAUUGCAUUUCCAUGUUGUUUUAAAGUUAUUCAUGUAAACAAUUUGCCGGAUCACGAAUUCUAUUUGCAAAGUUGUAAACAACAGAUGUUAUAUGAGUGCUACAUCACGUUCCUUAUUAAAAUUUGUCUCAAAUUUCCAAAUUUAUCACGUGCGUAAAUUCAUAAUUUAUAAUUUUACAAAUGCGUUAAUUCAGACGUGAUAUAAAUGAUAUCUAUCUAAUCAAUAUUCUAACCAGUGCAUGAUGUGUAAUAUCCUCCAUGCCUAAAGGGAAGAAAGAAAUUAUAACGUAAAUGCCAAUUCAAAAUGUUUUGCUUAAGUCCUUUGGACGAGAUCUAAUUGUUAGGUCCAAAGAUAUAUGUGCUUAAAAAUUGUGUAAAAACAGUUCUUAAAUUCGUAAUCAUUCUUUUUCUGUUUUGUUUUUAUCUCAAUAAACAUGAAAAAAGAUUAAAAGUUGUAGUAAACCUUGUAACUGAACUUGUUGUUAGUAACUAUACGAUCACGGGUGCGACUACGCGAUAGAUUGCUGCAUAUAAAUGCUUAGUUUCAAGCGAGUUCAGACAAAAAUCUGAGCACAUCAGAGUAAAAUGUACAUACUACUCGCCUGCGUAAUUGGAGACCACGUAGAGGGUUGGGUUCGGGGUACUCCCGAAGAAAUUUUGAAGUUUUACAAGACAACGCUGUGAAUUUUGAUAAAACAUUAAAAAGAAAAUAUGGGCAAAUACGGUUUAAAAGUUUGCACUAAUUGAAAUACAGGUAAAGGUGGGAUUUCAAUGGUCCUCUUUAAGAAACUCUGAAAUGAUGAAAGACAAAAUGUGCAUUUUAAGACAUUUCCGAUAAAGAAUUUAAGAGAAUUUGGUGGAAAUGUACACAGUACCCGCCUGCAUAACUGAGUACAGGGUCAAAUUUGGGAAAUAUUUUAUUGAUAUAAGAUACAAUGGGGCAUUUACUCCACCUCUGACAAAGAAUCUUAGUAAAUCAGGUUAAAAUGUACGCAUACGUGCUACUCCUAAUUUGUUUAAAAGUAGAAAUGGGUUUGGGACGACCCUCUUAGAGAAUUGUGGAAAAUUCAAUAAGGCAAACUAUGCAUUUAAAAAUCAUUUCAGACAAAUGAAUCUGAGCAACUCAGAUUGACAGGUUUACCAUACCACACUGGUAAAUCAGAGAACAUGUAUUGGGCUUAAAACUGUUAAGUUCCACAAGAAAAUGGUACCUUUUAAAGCCUGUUUAGACAUGAAAUUGUUAGCAAAACGUUAUGUGAUUCACAGGCAAAAGUACACAAUCAAAUGUUUAGAGCGAAAACAGAAAUUGUGAUUGUUUAUGUAGAUGUAACAAAAGAUACAAGUUGCUUAAAAAACACCGAAGCAGCUGCCUCGAUGUGUUACGGCACUGAAACUAUUAAGCUCAAAACAGGUCGACUGCACAAAGAUACAUCCACUAUUUGCUAGUUAUAACAGACACAAAAUGCAAACCUCAUGUGUAACAUUUACACUUAGCCGUAUGACAUUCCUACAAGUAUUUGAAAUUAGCGCUGCUUUCCUUCUCCAGGAGACAGCAUCUGGAGAAGAACAAGGAGACGAAAUAGAAAAGCCGUGGAGAAGUCUAGACAAGAACGGCGCAUGGGAUGAAAACUACAAAAAACGGCUUAUAAAUGAAAUAGGCAACACACAUAUUAAGGAAAAAGAAGUACAAAACGUUCGUAUUUUACUGCUAGGACCCAUAAAAGCUGGGAAGUCGUCUUAUCUAAAUACAAUAGCUUCCAUUGACAAAGGAAGAAUGUCUCAAGUGACCAUAACAGGUGGAGCAGGAAUAAGUUUAUCGAGAAAGCUCAAGGUAUUUAGACCACAAGAAAGAUUGAAGAAUUUCCGAUUACUGGAUACAAUGGGAAUAGAAGAUACAGAUCUAGGUGGAUUCAAUAUUCGAGAUCUUUUGUUUGUUGUCAAAGGACAUGUUCCACCUGAUUAUAAGUUUAAUCCCGUCAACCCAAUAUUUGAAGACAGUAAAGAUUUCAAGAAAAACCCGAAAAGCAAAGACAAAAUACACUGCGUAGUUUUUGUGAUGGACGCAAAUGUGGUUGGUCAGGACAACAUUUCGGAUGCAACAAAGAAGAAAGUUAAAGCCUUACAAGCUGAGUUAAUGAAUAUUGAUAUUCCGAGGAUAGUUAUACUUACCAAGAUUGACGUGCUUUGUGGGAUGACUGAAGCAGACACUGUUAAUUGUUUUAGAAGUGAAACUGUGAAGAAUGCUGUUGAUCUGGCAGAAGAGCUAUUUAGUGUUCCGAAACAAAAUAUUUUUCCUGUGCAAAAUUAUUCAGAAGAGAUGGAAAUGGACACGAAUAAAGAUAUACUAUCACUUUUAGCCCUCAAGCAAAUGAUACUCUUUGGAGCUGAUUUCCUAAACGAUAUUUCUGCACAAACAAGCGAUGACGAAGAGGCUUCUUAAAGAUAUGAAGAAUUUGUCCGGAUGUAAUCCUUCAUAUCUCAUCUUGUAUUUAAAUUUCCGUAGACGGGCUUUGUCGAGUUCGACUUACAUUAGAUUUAUGCAGUGCCAUAAUGAAAACAAAUGUUUAUUAUCUUACAUACUAUUGAUUACGAAUUAUGCACACAGAUAAUUCGAGUUUGAAUAUUACCACGAUCUGCUCAUUAUUUUCAAACUAACCCCAUUAAAGUCAUUAAGUACACAAGUGGUCGUUUUUAAUCUCGGCUGAGAAAAUCAUUCUUCUGUUUCAUUGAAUGAAAUACCUUUAAGAAUUUUCAGUAUCCGUUGCUGAAUUUUGUGGAAAAAAUUGCAGAGGAAAAGAACACUGGUCAUGUACAGUGGUUAAAUUGCAUUUUCCAAACAAAACAAGCGAACGAAUCUAAUGUUCGGUAUCCCGGUAUACUGCUGACAUGUGUUACUUUAAAAGAAACUGUUGGUUUUUAUAUAAUGUUUAUUGUUUGCAACCCUUUAAUUUGGAAAAUACGUUACAUAUAUCAGUUUGUAUAAUAAAACAUUUAGAACAUA